UCAUAAACCAAACAUCACAAUUCGUAUGCCCCUCUUAUUUACUUAACGUACGCUGCUUUCAAUUAAUUAAACAGGAAACCCCCACCAGGACCGGGAGAGGAGGAGACAAGCCUUUUUUGCGUAGUAUGCUUUUGGCUAGCUCAUCGAUAGAGCUAAUCAGUCACUGUGCAGUGCAGAGCUUGCCUUAUUUAUCCCCGGUGACUAGAGUUCACUUGCACUUCCUCCUUCCACAUGCACCUUCCGCUGGCCGGUCUCUCCCUUAGUUGAUAGGUAGCCAUGGAUGGCCGGACCCCAGAUGGGAAGAAGGAUGACCCGGAGGCUGCGGAGCCGGCCGUCCGCUCCCGGUGGACGCCGAAGCCCGAGCAGAUCCUGAUACUCGAGUCCAUUUUCAACAGCGGCAUGGUCAACCCGCCCAAGGAGGAGACGGCCAGGAUCCGCCGCCUUCUGGAGAAGUUCGGCGCCGUGGGCGACGCCAACGUCUUCUACUGGUUCCAGAACCGGCGGUCGCGGUCUCGCCGCCGACAGCGGCAGCUGCAGGCCGGCCUCGCUGCGGCGGUUGGGACGAGCCCGCAGGAUCAGCUUUUGUUCUCCUCCUCCUCCUCGAUCUCCAGCGCGUCGUCGGCGAAUGAUAUCUUUGCGUCGUCCUCUUCCAGUGGCUUCUUUCCUUAUGCACCUUCUUCUUCUUCUUUGCCGUCGUCGUCGUCGUCAUCUUCUUCGUAUUGCUAUGUGGGUGAUGAAAGAGGAGAUGAUCUUUUCUCGAUCUCUAGCCACAUGGGAUUCCCUCAGAGGAGAGACCAGGAUAUGAAUCCUUUUGAGUGCUCUUCUCACGCCGCACCUCAGUUGCUAUAUCAACCUUCCGGAACAAUCACAGUGUUCGUUAAUGGAAUCCUCUCAGAGGUGCCGAGGGGGUCGUUCAACAUGAGAUCCAUGUUUGGUUAUAAUGUGAUGCUUGUCCAAUCCUCUGGAGAAGUUGUUCCAGUAGACGAGUAUGGUUUCCUAAUGCAGAGCUUGGAGAUGGGUGAAAGUUACUUCUUGGUUUGUUCAUCCACUUAAUUACUACAAGCUGCAUGAUGAGUUAAAGAUGUGCUGACUAGCUAAGAGAGCCAAUAGCAUGUUCACUACUUGCACGAUCACUUGAAAGCAGAGACAGCUGAAGAUUAUAUAGAAUAUAUAUAUAUCUGCAUUAUGUUUAUCAUAUGGUUGAAGCUUUUUAAAUAUUUGCAUGGGCACCAGCAAACAAACUUAAUUUGAGAGUUUGAUCAGUAGGCCUAGCUGAAUGCUGUCAUUUCAUGUUCAAAUUAGAUAUUCUAUAUUGUUGUAAUCCUGCACUAAUAUUGUUCUUAUAAUUAAGUGGUUGUUGUCAUAA